UUGUUUGAAGGGAAGAAGCUGAACAGAGCUUAUUAUGACAGAACACAAAUGAUGCAUCAUGCGGAUGCGGAUGCAGAUAUCAACAAAGCAACCAAAUUUUUGCUGCCGGUUUUAAUUUUUUCUAAACUUUUCAAUACAAUUUGAUUUUCAAAUAAAUGGACAACAAUUUAUUAAGCGAAUUAGAUCAAUACAUUAAAUCCGCAAAAACUCGUUUACAAACUAUUCUUACAACACUUGAUUGGACGGUAGCGGAUUCUCUGAAGGCAAGCACUUGUUCAACUAGAAAGGAAGAAGAAUAUUUUAAUAGAAAUGAUCCGCCUUUGCCGGAAAGUUUUGGUUGCAAUAAUUCUGUCGUCAUUGAUGAAAACCAGCUGCAAUCGAUUCUGCAAACGACAAACGUUUCGAUAGCUAAAAAGUUCUCAGGUAUUCAAUUAAAUUUUACAAGAGAACAAAAAUGUGAACUCUACGACCAUGUUAUUGCUAACACUGCAAAGACUUCGGAACCAGAACUCAAAGUAUCACUUCCCAAUGACCAAACUGAUAAUGCUAUGACAUUUGCGGAAAUUGUAGCGAAAGCAAAGAAAAAAGAAAAGAAAUUGCAAAGAAAAUAUCGAACAAGUAAACCAACACAUAUCGAAGAGGUUCGCAAUUUAGUUUCCCUGCAAAUGCAAGCAUUAGAUAAAUACUUUAAUCCUGAGACUGAAACUAAACCGGACAUUUCAAGAUAUAAAGUUACUUAUGAAGAACGGUUUCAUGAUUAUAGAAGGUCUCGUCACAGAGACCAUUUAAAAUAUGUAAAAAGAAAAUCAAGAAGUCGCAGCAGUGAUGAAAGAAGUCGAAAUUACCAUAACCGUAGAAGAAGUGAUAAAAGGGAGGAAACUACGAGAAGGCGAAGUCGAAGUUAUGAUCGAAAUAAUCGGUUUUCGAAAAGAAAAUCUCCCAGUAUCGAAAGAAGAAAACACAGUCAUGAAAGAAGGAAAAGUAAAGACAAUCUACAUUUAUUAAAAAAGAUUAAAAAAGAGAAAUCAAGAAGUAAAAGUCCUAAAGAGAGUAAAAGUAAAGAUGAUUUACAUUUAGUAAAAAAAAUCAAAAAGGAAAAAGUUAGAAGCAAAAGUCCUAAAAAGAAGAAAAAACAUAAACACCAUCGAAAGCAUUGAAUCAUAAUUAAAGUGAAUAAAACAAAUUCAAACUCAUAAGCACAUCUUUUUUUUUAUUAUUAUUAAUUAACUUUGUUUUUAAAAUAUUUGAAUAUCAUAAGCAAAA